GAUCUCGAGGGAAAUCUCCAGCACAACGAGAUUUCGUUAAAACAUCACAAACAACAUGGCGACUAUACUAAGUGUUCUACUGAAAUUUGUAGUAUUAGUCGCAUUUUUUAUAUGUUCAUGUGUGAAAUUAACUUAUUCUGAAGAUGUGGCUUACAGCCUGUUUGAGGGGGAUGCCCACUUAGACUCUGUGAUAUCAUUCAACAGCCACCACACGUUACACAGGCGGCAGAGUGGUAAUGAUAACACCACCAGUAGUCCCACGCCGACUGGCGGUACCACUCCAGAAUUUACUGAACAGGAGGUCAGCCAAAAUCAUAAAUACUACACCUCCACAGUGUUACGAGGGGCUGCCGAUUUCAACUCAUACUGGGACGAGUUGUACGAUGUGAAGCACAGCGAGCCUUUAUCAGGGAGUCACAGGGUCGCUGUGAGCGUACCUAUCAAUUUCAACUUUAGAUUUUAUGGUCAUGAUGUCUCCAAAAUUACCAUAGCAACAGGAGGUUUUCUGUACAUGAGCCCUUUCCUGCACCAGUGGCUGACUGCUACCCAGUACAUCGCACCUUUGAUGGCCAACUUUGAUACCACACUUGGAAAUGAAUCCCAAGUUCUUUACAAAGAUUUUGGCCAUAAAUUUGUCGUGGAAUGGCGAGAUAUUUUCCUUCAAGAUCAGAACCAUACUGAGCCUUUCUCAUUCCAAACAACGCUCCAUUCCAAUGGAACCAUCUAUUUUGCAUAUAAACAGAUCCCAGUGGAAAUACAGAGCAUAGAGAAAAAAAACCAUCCUGUGAAAGUGGGCGUGUCAGAUGCUUUCUACAUUGAUACCAUAUAUGCAGGAGUACAGAGGAGGACCAUAUAUGAAUACCAUCGUGUAGAAGUGGACUUCACCAGGAUUCAAUCCAACAGCGUCGUGAUUUUAGAACCUUUAACAACCUGUAAUAUUGCCAAAGACUGCUACACCUGUCUGAGUCAGGAUGACAACUUCGACUGCAAGUGGUGUCAGAAAGUUAAAAGAUGUUCCGAUGGCAUUGAUUGGCUGCGACAAGAAUGGCGAGAUCAAGGCUGCGAAAUUCAGGCAUUUGACAACCCAGACAAGUGCUCUCUCUACACUACCACACUUUCACCACCACCAACAAACCAAAGUACAACCACAUCCAACACUACCGCAGAAUCCACACCCGAAACUACCACAAAAUCCACACCCAAAACAACCACAAAAUCCACACCCAAAACAACCACAAAAUCCACACCCAAAACAACCACAAAAACCACACCCAUAACUACCACAAUCAAAACUUCGAUAUCCACAUCUAGAUCUACUACACACAAAACCACAACAAGCUACCCUGCAACGCAAACCACCACAGCAACAUCACAGAGCUCUCAGGCAUCUGGGCAACAGGAUGGGAACGGAUGCUUGCCAGGGUCGAGCAGAUCUAAUUGUUCAUACAGAGAGUCCCAGAAAGGGGCAAGUAAUGCCACGAUAGCCGGUGUGGUGGUCGCGGUGCUCAUCCUCGUCCUGCUGAUUGUCGGCGGUGUCUGGUUUUUCUACGCUUACACUCACCCAACCUCAGCUUCAGGCCAAUGGAUGAUUAAUCAUCGCCCAAGUGAAAUGAAAGCCAAGAUGAACAAAAUGAAAUUCUGGAAGCGUGAUACUGCCUCAGGCGAAAAAUAUCGUGUCGAAUCCACAGCCUAGAGGAGAGUAGAAGAGGAUGUCGAUGUUUGCUCUUCAAAAAAUGGAGAAAAAAAAUUAUCAAUCUGUUAUUUCACUCAUAACAUUGUUUUUGAUUAUUGUAUCGUCAGGUCUGAAUGUGUUUUGGGUUGCACAGUUUGUUUUAGAUUUGUUUCAAGUAUUGGAGGUAAGGACUUGGUCUGACACAUAUGUGUAGUUUGUUGUUGAUGCAUUUAUACUUGUCAUACACGUAACUUUGGACAGUGUUACGAUCAAAGACACUUUUCUUUUUUCUUUUUUUUGUCGAGCAAAAUGGCAACAAGACUGUGAUAUCUCUGCGUGCGGGAGUUCCUUCACUUUCACAUUAAUGUGUUUUAAUUAUUUUUGUAGCACUACAAAAACAAACAAAAAAUGAGAAAAAAAAAAUGAUAAUUACCAAACAUUUCUUACUUAGAAGUUAAAUAUUCAUGUUUAUCCAACAUGCUGUUUGAAGCCAAAGAGAAAUUUUGAGGUGAAAUUACUGGAAUGAGGUAUUACCUCAUAAAAGAUUAAGGAGGCUUAGUGGUCAAAACAAGGUCAAAGCAAUUAUUUUGAAGUGUAAAUUUACUAAUUCGAUUCACUAAUCAUAAAAAACAUAUUAGCACUGUUAAAAGUACUCACUUUUUGUUUGAUUAUUGGUUAUGAAUUUAUUUAAAUUUUUAAAUUGACCUAACUCUUCUAUAUUUGGAGGAAGAGAAAUACUUUAAAAUGGCCAUGACCAUCUAGCCUCAUUAAAAAAUUUUAUAAUCCCACUGAUUAUUUUGUUAUCCUAAGAUGCCUUAUUAGACUAUACAGGGAGACAUAGUAUAUGGAAUUGCAAGUUUUCAUUUCUUGUGCAUUGAUAUUUUUGCAUUAUCUACAGUUCUGAGUCGGGCGAUAACCAUUUUGUAUAACAUUUUGUGUACGGAGAUGGUAUUAAAGUACAAAUCAGGAACACUUUUACAUGGCUUUUGAAAAGCUUAUAUAACAACAAUUUAGUUAUUAAUAUUAUGAGUUUUGAUAUUCAUCAUGUGGAAAGAUCAUAGGUGAAAACAAUGCACAACAAAAGAGAUAUUGCAAAUAUCCUUUCAAAGAUGUUAUAAGCCAUGACCAGAAAACAUAUCAUAUCAUGUGAUUUUUUACGAUUUGUUGAAGAAUUCCACUGAGUACGAUCAUCUUAUGUCUGUAUUUUUGUGUAUGCUUCAGAUCUGAAAACUGAAUUCAGUUUCGUUGCUCAGGCUAUUCCACUGUAGGAUGAAAGACACAUUACUGAUGCUUGCUCUCUCACUUUAUUUCAAAAGAAAAAUGAAAAGGAUGAGAAAAUGCAGUGAGCAUGUCUUUCACUUAUUUGAUCUGGAGGCCUGAUAGGGACUAGAAGUUACUAUUGUGAUGGUUGGAGUGAAAAAAGAAUCAAUAAAUUAUUGAAUUCUUAUUUCAUCAUGCCAUAUAAACUUUACUGAAGUCCUUUUUUUAUAAGUUUCAACUCUUGUUAAAUUUUUGUGAAUCUAGGAUGUUACACCACCAUCUUGUCUGAUAACGUAUGGAGAUGAUUUGUAAAACUUUUUUUUUCCUUCAUAUUUAGUUUGUCAUAAAUAGGACUGCAUUCAUUCUUCAAAACCAAUCAGAGGCAUUUUUGUUGUUUUUCGUGCUGUUGUUCAGAUCUGUCGGCUUUACGAUCACCAGGAUAUUUGUGUAGACUGUUGAAUAUUGUCUUUGGAAAUUUUUUUUUUAUUAAUGUGUUUGGAAUAUAAUUCUACAAAGACUGUUCCACAACCAAAGAAUUUUUGUCAAUUGUUUGUCAGUCCUUGUUUACAUUGUUUACCUAAGAUUUGGCAAUCAGAUCAACCUGAGAACUUUUAAAAGGGUAGAAUUCUAAUGAAAAAAUUGGAAGUUAUGUUUGCUUGCAAUAACUUUUAGACAUAAUUAUUAAGUGAUGGUGCACUCAUGAUCAAAAACAGUUUCUUGUUAAGUUUGUAUAUUGUUGUUGAUUUGUUGUUUCUAUUUUUAGUUUAGACCCCCUGCACCCUCCCACCGAAAAACAUGACCACCCGCAAUAGAUCUUUUUUUUUACCCUCCCCCCUCCCCUUUGGCAAAAAAAGAAGUUAAUGUAUUGGUUUUCAGGCCAAACUUUUCAAAAUUUAAUGCAGGAUGAGGUAUCUUAUUUAAAUUUUUAUUGCCAAAUUUGCAAAGGGGAAUAACUGAAUUUUUUUCUUAUUUUAUUAUUGAGUUAUUCCCCUUUUUCAAUAUGUCACUAAAAUUAAUCAAUGCUGCAACAUUUGACGUUUGCGCCAAAGAACCAAUACAUUUAUUUUUUUUAAGCUGUAUACAUUUCUGGCAGUGAAUCUCUUUGUUUUCCUGUUAAUUUGAUACCACUGUGCAAUCUAUUCUGAUUCAGUGUGAUUUUGUUCUCUUUGCUUCUGCAAUAUAUAAUGGUGGAUUUCAAUGUAUCAACAAUUUGUCAAAAUCUGUAUUCUCUAAUGAAGAGCUAUCAUUAUUCAUGUACAUAUGUUUGAAUGAGCAGUCACUGUUUUUUGAGAUUUUUUAUUGUGAUGAAACAGCUUAAUAGAUUGUAUCACUUUACAUAUAUGAUAUUAAGAUGAAAAAAAAAUGAAGAGCCAUCAUUAUUAAUGUGCAUAAAAUCAUGUUUUAAUGGACAAGUUACCUUCAACAUGAACUGUUUUUUGAGAUUUUUCUACUGUGAUGAAACAAAAGAGAUUGUAUCACUUUAUGGAUCUGAAAUACAUAUGAUAUAUUAAGAUGAAAAAAAAUGAAUGUAAAAAUCUGUAUUUUCCAACAUUAUUAUCAAUGUACAUAUGUUUGAAUGGACAAUUUACCUUCAACAUCUACUGUUUUUUUGAGAUUUUCCAACUGUGAUGAAACAAAAGAGAUUGUAUCACUUUAAGAAUUGUAGAUAUAAUAUUCAGAUGAAAAAAAAUGAAUUUUUCUCUCAUUCAGAAUUUUCUGCAGAUUUGUGGAUUUUGUGAUUUUAUUUAGGUAUAUAAUUACACUUUGGAUAGUUGAGAAAAGUUAAUUUUCUUUAUUAAAAAAAAUAAAUUACAUUACUGUACAUUACAAAUUUUUUUGACAGGGUAAUUCAAACUCUGUAGGUGUUCAAAUUCUACCUUUGCUGUUCAUGUCAAAAUAUAUUUAGGUAAAAUAUUUGAUCCCAAAGUCACAAAAAAACACAUUUACAGAUAUGUAGUCUACUCUCAAUUUCAUACAUAAUAUUGAUUUUGCAGGUACAAUACAAUUAAGUACAAGUAUUGCGAUUACUUAAAAAUGACUAAAACAUCACUUGAACAUUGCUUGAACAUUGCUUCUGUAAACUGUUUUUAUUUAAGUUUCAAAUUGUACAUAGAUAUGAUUUAUUAUUCUUGGGAUUUAUCCAUUAAUUAAUAUAUUAAUAUGUAGAAUAUUAUGCAUAUCAGUUACUUUUACUCAUCUGAUUAUAUCAUGAAUUUGAUGUAUGUAAUUAUGCUAUAGUAUUGUGUGUUGGGUGAGAGAAAUCUUUGUGUAAGAGUCUGCAAGAUAACAGAGCUGAUGUGUUUCUGGGUUUUUAUGCUUUGUACUGUGGAAUUAUCAGAUAACUUCUUUGAAUAUAAACUCAAACAAUGUUUAUUUUCUCUUGGAUAUAAUUCAAAUUUUAUUUUUUACCCGAAUGAAAUCACCUGUUGUUCUUGAUUCGUGGUCCCAAAAACGCUGUUCAUUUUUGAAAAUUAAUGUUCAAAAGUUUGCUCUUUUAAUGUGUAAUGGUCAUCAGGCUACCUCAAUCGAAACAUUGGGGGCCUUUCCAGUUUUUCCGAGGCUGUCGGAAAGGCCCGAGAAUUUCCGAUUGCAAGUUGCCCAUCUGAUCAACCUUAAAAUAUAUAAAUUUGAUUUUGUUAUUACUUUUUUUUUUAAUCCAAAUGAACUUUGGCUUAAGUGUUAAAUUGGAUUUGAAAAGAGCUCUUUUUUCCCAGGAGAUUAGAAAAGUAUAGAAAAUUGCCAGUAUCAACCAACCCUUUAAAACCAUUCCACAGUAUUUGGCAUUAUGUCAAACCAAACCAUCUCUGCCCUGUUACAACCAUUGUAUGCUUCACUAUGUCAUUGAUUAUGUUAAAUUUCAUCAACUUUCUUUUUCAGUGUCAGUAUAAAUUCUAUUUAGAUUUUUAUUUAUUCUUUCUUUUGCUUAAAUAGUCAAUAUAGUGGGGGUGUUUUUUUUGUUUUUGUUUGUAAUUUAGAAAGAUUUUAAUCUCCUUAAAUGGAGGUCGGUAUUUUUUUUGUUCGAUUAUUUUUAGUACUCUUAGGAAAAAACUUGGUACACAUCAGGUUUGAUUGACUUUGAUAGUGAUCAGAAAUAUUUUAUUUUUCUGGCUGGCAUUUAUUCAUUUAUUUUCAUUGUUGAUCGAUAGGUAGGUACAUAAGGAAUGUACUUCACAUAGCUUGUAAUGAAGGAAGUGACUUAAUUAUUUCUUACAUGUAUUCUGGAUUUUAAUUAUUUCAAUCUGUGUGUUAAAACUUCGAACCUCAUUAAAAUCUCGUUUAUUAAA